AUGGCGCGCACUCGAGCCCAAGAACACGCUGACGAAUCGAAACCAAAAUAUUCCCCGAAAGAACCCAAGCCUCGAGGACGCACUGCAGCCACAGCAGAAGACCAAAGAAAGACGACCGGGCGCAAGGACAGGAAGCGCAAUGUGGACGACGUGGAAAAUGCAAAAGAUGAGCAAGCUCCUGUCUCAAAAAAGAGUAAGACCGCAGAUUCGACAUCAACUGAAGACACGAAGCCAAACCCAUCUGCCGUUGACAUGAGUAAACUUGAUACUAUCCUAUCAAGCUACGGUGUACACCCUCUACAAGAUACGAGCCUCCCCAGACGGAAUGAACCUACGCCAGAAACCGUACUCGCGUUGCUCUACCUAGCCAUGCUCAGCUCCGCACGAAUUUCCCACGAAUUGGCAUAUAAGAGCCUCCAGUGCUUGAUCGAAGCGGGCUACCAAGAUAUUGAAACGUUGAAAAGGAGUACAUGGCAGGAGCGGACUGAGGUCUUGACAAAAGGUGGCUACACGAGAUACCGCGAGAAGACUGCUACAGCCUUGGGCGAAAUGGCAGACUUUAUAGAGAAGGAAUACGGUGCGCUAUAUCUCAACGAUGGUUCUCCAACACAAAACCUGCCACUGACUCCUUUCACGAGUACAGACAACGAUCUCAACAAUCUCCUCAAGAAAGCAGACUCGUCCCCCAUCAAAGUCCGGAAAUUGCUGCAGGGAAUCAAAGGCAUUGGCAAGGUCGGAACGGACAUCUUUUUUGACGUUGCCCAAGGCAUCUGGCCACCUCUGGCACCGUUCAUCGACCCUAGGAGUGUGGAGACGGCCAAGCACUGUGGUCUCGGCAGCGAUGUGGAGGCGCUGUGGGAUGCGGUCGGGAAAAAUCCAGUUGAGAUGUGCAAAUUGAGUUCGGCGCUCACCAUGGUACGGCUGGAGAAGAAAGAGAAGGAGUUUCGUCAAAACCGCGCCCAGUCAAAAAUCAGCAAAGCGUUCCCAGAAGCUAUGGAGACAAUCAAGCAAACUGUCGCCCAGAAUAUGGGCAUUAAGGGGUCUCAUGAACAGGUGCCAGAAGGCCAGCGUUUCGACCUUGACGACACGCCCAAUCUCAAGGGGAAGGUCGCCGUCAUCACUGGUGGGUCUGAAGGUAUUGGUUAUGGCGCCAGCCACACACUCCUUUCCCACGGCAUCGAGAAACUUUUCAUUCUUUCCGUAUCGAAAGAAGUGGUCGAUGGCUCGAUCAAUGCCAUCAAAGAAGAGAUGGGCGAGGAGACAGCGAAGAAGGUUACAUGGUUGGAGUGCGACCUUUCAGACUGGAAGAAAGUGAAGCAGACAGCGGAUAAGAUUGCAGGUAGUACCGACAGGAUUGACAUCUUGAUCAACAAUGCAGCGAGGGGGAUCAUGACAUACCAAUUGACCGACUAUGGGGUCGACCGUCACAUGGCUGUGAACCACAUGGCCCAUGUAAUCCUCACUUCGCACCUGCUUCCCAUCCUGAAGAAGACGGCUUCCAACGGCAACACCGUGCGCAUCAGCAACCAGGCCUCGAACGCCCACCAAGCCACACCCUCAGAUACAAAAUUUGAAUCCUUAGACGAGCUAAACAGAGACCUUGGUCCAAAUGGUCAAUACGGUCGCUCGAAGCUCGCCGCAAUCCUCUACUCCCGCUACCUAAACCGUCACCUUACCUCCUCGCAUCCCAACAUUCUCGUAAACGCCACGCACCCCGGUUUCGUCGAAACCAAGAUGUCUUCGCAGGACAUCCAUGAGCCUUACCCCCUAGGCGGCUACGCCAUGUCCGUCGGCAUGGCGCCUCUGAAGAAGAAUAUCAUGCAAGGAUGCGUCAGCACCGUCUUCGCUGCUACGGCUACGACAAAGAGUGGAGAGUACAUAUGUCCUCCCGCCGUGCCGGAGAGUGGCAAUGCGAUGGCACAGGAUGAGCAGCUAGGGGAGAACUUGAUGAAGUUGACGAGGGAGAUUGUCAAGGAGAAGACCUAUGAGGACUCAGCGGCGAAAGGGUGUCCGUUCACGGAUUACUAG